CACAUGUUGUAAAAAAAUGUGACGGAAGGGCUAUUUAGAAUUUUGACGAAGUUACUCCAUUUUUAAAAUACAUUACUUAUCUUAGCGUUGUGUGAUAAAUAUGCAUUGAUCAGUAGCGAUGUGUGUUCGUUUUGCUGCUUUGGUAUGUCAAUCUUUCUCUCAUGUUCCCGUGAUAUACAACUUUCUUCCCCUAAAUCGUUCCAUCCAUUCAUUCUUAAAUCUAUGAUUAUUGGGUUCACCACACACUACAUUUUUUUUUUGUGCGUAAAUUGCGUCACUGAACUAUUUAGCUUUGUUUCUCUCUGAGUCAUUUUCGCAAACACCUUUGGCUCGAUAUUUUAAAAUUUUUAUUUUUGCGCUCCAUCCAAUUUCGAUAUAUUGAUUUCCCUAUUUUUCAAUCAUGAUCAGAAUCAGAUCUAACUUAUCUGUGGUGCUAUUACGCAUAACGCAAAACCCAAUCGCUGUUAAUCACUGUGAUAUAGUUCAUAAGCCUCUUAUGAGUGUUUCUUUCAAUGGUUUUAACUCUUCAAACUAUGAAUCUUUUUUAGCUUCACCAAAAUUUGGUUUCUUAGUUAGGUUCCUUUCUACUGAAUCCUCAACCAAAAGCUUUGGAGUGUCCACUAGUGCCCCUGCCUUAGGAUUGGAUGAGGCCUUGAGUGAUGACGACGAUAAUGAUGAUGUUAAUGACGAUGACCAUGAUAAGAAUAAGAAUCAGUUACAUUUAAGGGAUGAUGGUUUUGCCGAAGAUGUUAAGACCAUUUUGGAUAUAAUGCACGAACCGGGUACUGGACCAUCUGAAAUUAAGCACAAGCUGGAGCAUUGCAGUGUUAAGGCAUCAUCAGAGUUAGUUGUGGAGAUUCUUUCGAGAAUCCGCAAUGAUUGGGAAGCAGCUUUCACAUUUUUCUUGUGGGCUGGGAAGCAAUCAGGGUAUGCUCAUUCGGUCCGCGAAUACCAUUCAAUGAUAUCAGUCCUUGGUAAAAUGAGGAGGUUUGAUACUGCUUGGGCUUUAAUUGAAGAAAUGAGAGGAGUACGAACUGGUGAAUCUCUUGUCAUUCCACAAACUCUCAUGAUUAUGAUAAGGAAAUAUUGUGCUGUGCAUGAUGUUGGAAGGGCUAUAAACACGUUCUAUGCUUUUAAACGGUUUAACUUGCGAGUUGGGUUGGAGGAAUUUCAUGGCCUUCUUUCUGCACUUUGCAGGUACAAGAAUGUGGAGGAUGCUGAGCACUUAUUGUUUUGCAACAAAAAUGUUUUCCCACUUGACACCAAAAGCUUUAACAUCAUUCUUAAUGGAUGGUGCAGUUUUAUUGUUAGUGCGCGCAAUGCAGAAAGGGUUUGGGAGGAGAUGAGUAAGAGAGGAAUCCGACACGACGUUGUCUCCUAUGCAAGUAUGAUAUCUUGUUAUUCGAAGUCUUCUAAACUUUAUAGGGUGCUUCAGCUGUUUGAGCAAAUGAAGAGAAGAAACAUCGCUCCUGAUAGGAAGGUUUAUAACGCGGUCAUUUAUUCUCUUGCGAAGAAUAGGCUUGUGAAAGAAGCCGUAAAUCUCAUUGGAACAAUGGAAGACAACAAUGUUACUCCAGACGCCAUUACUUACAACUCCCUAAUCAAGCCUCUCUGUAAAACCCACAAAAUUGACGAAGCAAAUGAAUUUUUCGAUGAGAUGUUGAAGCGACACUUAUGCCCGUCUAUUCGGACUUUUCAUGCUUUCUUCCGAAUAUUAAGAGUCAAGGAAGAAGUAUUUGAGCUUUUGGACAAAAUGAGAGAGUUGGGGUGUGAUCCAACGAUUGAGACUUAUAUAAUGUUGAUAAGAAAGUUUUGCCGGUGGCGCCAGCUCGAUGAAGUGAUUAGGAUAUGGAAUGCUAUGAGGGAAGGUGGAAUCAGCCACGAUCGUAGCUCUUAUAUUGUACUGAUUCAUGGUCUGUUUCUGAAUGGAAAGGUAGAGGAAGCAUACAGAUAUUAUCUAGAGAUGCAAGAGAAAGGUUUCCUACCUGAACCAAAGACCGAAAAAAUGCUUGAGGCAUGGCUUUCUGGGAGACCACAAGUAACAGAGGGCCAAGUAAAAGAUGUAGAACACAAUCAAUUGGAACAUGGUAGUCUUAAAAAGAAUUUCAAACACAGUCCCAGUAAAUCUGAUAGGGAAAAAGCUUUUCUUCGCGAACCUGAGACAAGAAGAGUAACAAGAGAACGAGGCUUUUCUUUCUGGGAGCAGUAAAUCCUUAUCUUACAAGAGGUCCAUUUGCACUUCCUUUAUUUAUACUGAAGAUAACACUUGUUGGUCACUAUACUUUUCAAAUUUGAUUGUAUGCUCCAAAUAGGUGAUUGUGUGUCAAUACAAUUUUUGUAUUUACAAACUUCUGCAAUGGCUCCAUUUGAAUCAAUGUACCAAUACAUGGGCAGUCAAUGAGGUAAUUAUUAUUGUAUAACAUGGAUAUAGCUGAAGAUGAAGUUAAGGAAAGGGAGGUACAAGCGCGCUUUACACUAGCAAAAUCCGAAAUUUAAUUGCCAUAUAUUUAUUCUUACCGAAGUGGUUUCUGAAUGAUUUUGCAGCUGCAUUUAGUCUGGUGGUUCUUGCACUGGCUGGGUUAUACUGGUUUAAUUUGUUUAAAUUGUGGUUGUAUUUUUUAUUUGCUUUCAUGACAAUGCAUCCUUCUAUUCAAAUGCAAAGGCUUCUAGAAUUUACUGAUGUGUGUUGUGCUAGAAAUGAAGUAAAGAGGUAUAGCUCCUUGGUGUAUAUGUAUAGAGUUCUUUUCAUCAAUUAUUUAGUGAUUACUGGUUGCUGCUAGUCUUUCAAUUUCUUAA